GGAAUGUGGAUAAUCUGUGAAUUGGCCGCCAUUUUCAGUCAAUGUAUUUUGAAAUUCCCAAUCGACCGAAUGAAAACCGAUAGGUUUUCCCGCGUAAUGCUAGACGUCUAUUAUGUGUCGUACUGAGGCGUGGAAUGAACGUAAACAAAAUAAAUGCAUGCUGUUUGAUGCGUUAUGAGCGAAGGAUGGACUUCGUACACAUAUUGUAUCAAAGAGAAAUUGGGCGUAGGACCACGAAUACCUACGAUUUUGCAAUCGAACGUCUGAGAUGCUACGAUUGUGACGAUUUUUGUGGAAUUUACCCAAAUAUCUAUGGCCAAAGUUAUAAUCCUGAGUCUCCUGUUUUGGCAUGCCAAUUCUGCUGUAAAGCAAACUACCAACAUUGGCUUGCACUGGCAAAUGAAGAUGGCAUGAUUGGAAUCCAGGACACAAGCUUAAAAAGUAAACGGUCAAAGUCAGGCGAGACUUUUGCUGAAGGUACACAAGCUCACCACAAUGCAAUAUUUGAUUUGGCUUGGAUGGAGGAGGAACUGAAGUUGGUAAGUGUGUCAGGUGACCAUACUGCCAUGCUAUGGGAUGUUAGCAUAAUGCCAUUCAGACAGCUGAGGUUAUUUAAAGGACACACAAAGAGUGUGAAAACAGUGGCCUUCAGACCACAAGACAAAGCUGUAUUUGCAACAGGAGCUCGGGAUGGGAUGAUAAUGGUAUGGGACACAAGGUCAAAUCAGGGGCCAUCCUGGGACAAGCCAGAUAACUUUAUUACCAACUCCCAUCAUGCUUUGGGACCAGGUACUGCAUCCAGCAGUGGAUCCAGGAGUCGACGAAACAAGUCCACACCAACAUCUCAUGCCAAUAGCAUUACUGGUCUUGUGUUCCAGGAUCAGGACCUCCUGAUAUCAUGUGGGGCUGGCGAUGGGCUCAUCAAAGUAUGGGACCUGCGGAAGAACUACUCAGCGUACAAGAGAGAGCCUUUACCCUGUCACACAAUGCCAUAUCCUGGGAGCACAUCUUGGAACGGCUUCACAAAUCUGGUGCUAGAUCGUGGGAAGCUCAGGUUAUAUGCAAGCUGCAUGGACAGCGUGAUAUAUUGUUACAAUGUGGCAACGUAUGAAACCAAGCCUGUUGCAACAUUCAUUGGCCACCAGAACUCCACGUUCUAUGUUAAGUCAUGUCUCAGUCCUGAUGGUCUGUACCUGGCCAGUGGUUCCAGUGAUGAUCGUGCUUACAUAUGGAACACACAGGGUUCCGAGAGACCAGUUGCAAGCCUCGUGGGUCAUUCGGCAGAGGUGACCUGUGUGGAGUGGUGUCCUGUCGGGGAUACAAAGAUUGUGACAUGUUCAGACGAUGCAAGACAUCGGAUAUGGCAAGUGGGAUUUGAGUUUGAGGAUAGUAACAAUGCUGCACAGCUAAGGGGAUGGGCUGAAACACCGAAGAUAAUUCAAGUAGGUGAAGGAAUUACAAAUCAGGCUGGAGAAGCAACACCAUGUGCCAGCAAAAUACGGAUUAGCUAUCAGGAGAAAACACCUGACUUUGUCUGUUCAGAUUUUAUGCUACCAGACACAAAUUGUUGGAACUGCAACAGCAAGGGGCAGGCUUCAACUCCAUGUGCAACAUGUUUAUGUGUACUUAGGAGGAAGUCUCCCAGGACUAAACGCAAACUUGAAGAUUUGCAAGAUGCUGGUGUUUGUUGCAGUUCUGGCUUAUGCAAGAAGCAUGCUGUUCUUUUACCAGUCCGAGAAGGGAAUCAGGAAAGCAGGGUGGGGCUGGAAACCCGAGGAGCAAGGAGAUUGUUCAGUCCACACAAGCAAAAUAUCAUUGAGCAGUCUUCCAUUAGUAGUCAGCAGCCUGAUUCAGAUAUAGGAUCUGAUACCAUUCUGUCUUCACCAACACUGAACCUUCCAAAUUAUGUUCUUGAUGGAACUUCACCACAUCAUCACUGUAGUCAAAAUGUGCAAUUUAAGGAGAAUGUUAAUUGGCUCACAAAACUGAGAAAAGAGAAAAUGAGUAGUGGGGUAAAGCAGACUGGUCGAAGUGCACAAGUUACACCGAAACGAAGACUUACACGUUCCCGAUCACAUGAAUUCAGUAAGGGGACCAGUCCAAAAGGAAAUUCAGAGACUUUGUGGCGGUUUUUUCGCAUAGCAGGUAAACCAAAUGGAGAGGCACUAAACUAUUCAGGAGCACAGGGAGAGAGUUCUCUCAAAGUUCUGACAGUAGAACCAUAAUAGUCAUAAAGCUCUAGCUGUGUAAACUGUGUAAUAUGGAAUGAUUUACUGUAUCUGAGUGUGUAAAUUGUCACUGAGGAGGCUGGAAUACCUGAGAUAUGUGCUUCCAUGAGAGUAUGUGUGAAGUUUGAUGCUGCUGGCAUAGUUUGAUACUUGUGAGAUGUCCACUCUGUUGCUAAUUUUGAGGCAUUUAUUUUGAAAUGUUGCAGUGAAUUUUUUUACUGGAAUUUUAAGUGAUGAAGUAGUAAAUUGGUAAAUGUAAAGGUACCUCUGUGCACAAGUUUUAAAAGUACAUUUAUCUGCAAGGUGGUGCCAUCUCUUGAUGGAGCCUAACAAAAUCUGCCUCAUUGGCAAAGAAAGGCUUAAGUUCAUGUACUGACAGGACCGUACUUACACUUCUCGGGGCCCGAGGUGCUAAGCUCUUGCGGGGCACCCUUUAAAGAUACCAGAGGGGGGAGUAUAUAAAUAUAAUCAGAAAAAAAAUUUAUUAUUUUUACAGAUCUGUAAAAAUACACAAACUUUGUAAUACUGCAAAAUAUAAAGAACAAUACUGAACUAAAGUCUGUGAGGGUAUGAUGACCAGCCAUAUGCUUCAGCAGGUCAUCACAUGGUCAGCACAUCGACUCCGAUUGCUGUGUUUCUGGCUUUCGUGACCAGUUACCCUUUCACAAGAAGCUCCUCAUUUCACAUCCUCUUUUUGUAAAAAAAGAUACUGUCUUUAUCAGGACUGUGCAAAUGGGGGGGUGCGCUGAGUGCAGUGCACCAGGGCCCCGAUCGAUAAAGCACAAAACGUUUAAUAUUUGUAAUUAAAAAUAAUAAUAUGGUUUUGUCAUUGGUUGCCACAGAAACCUGCACACAGUAAGAUGAAAGGAAAUAUUUGGCGUGGCCCGGUCUCCCGACUUCGUUUACUCAUUGCGGCACGGUUUAAUAUUUUCCUAUCUCAAAUAAGUAAGGGGACCCCAAUUUCUUCUUGCACCUGGGCCUCAAGUACCUUUGCAUAACCCUGAUAUUUGUCAUUGUAAUUUUUGCAUAGUAAAAUUGAUGUUUCUUUCCCCUACUUUUUGUCAAAAUUAACUUUAUUGGGGGGCCCUUAUAUCUGCGGGGCCCCAGGCUGGCGCUUCAUGCGCCUGUGCCUAUGUAUGGCCUUGUGUACUGACUGUUUGGAAUUCAGACUGUUGCAUGUUGUUAUUAUGUGAUUAUUUGUCAGAACCUACAUUAAAACAUUAUUGUACUCAGUUUAAAUAGGCACUGUACCCCAUGCUGACAUUUUAAAUUCUUUGCAUUUAAAUAAAAAGACACUAUGAGAAAUCAUA